UGCCUGUUGCUAUGGAUACAGCAGCGUCGCUAUUAGCAAGGAAGCUGAUACAUUAUCUAAAUCUGUCUUACAACGUGAUGCAGUGCAAAAUAGGCUCUAAUUUGUUUAUAGCGUCUCUGCUUGGGCAAACGACAGACCAUGGAGCGUGAUGAUGAGAUGAAUAACUUGUGGCUUCAAUUCCAAGCACUACAACAGCAGCAAGAGAAACGAAAAUUGGAUAGGAAAAAAGAGAAAGAACUGGGUAAUCAUAAUGGUAGUGCUACCCAGGAGGAUCUAUCUAAACAAGACAUUCAGGUAGACAGCCUAGGAGAUAGACUGCUGCCACACACGAAUCAGAAACUGCUAGACCAGCUGAGAGAGCUAAAGGAUGAAAAUGGUCGUCUCUUCAAACUUCUGAAUGAAAAGGAUUUUGAAAUCAAACACCUGAAGAAGAAAAGAGAAGAAGAAAGACUGGCUUUAGCUGGCACAUCGGGUUUGGCUGCAGAUGUAGCAGCCACCAAGAUUGUUGAGCUGUCCAAGAAGAAUAGAGCGCUAACUGCUGACAUUGAGCGAGAAAAGAUUAAGUCUAAGCAAAACAGCAACCGAAUCAAAGAGCUUGAGAAAGAGUUGCAGGCUGCUUUGGCGCACUCUCCACCUGGGCAACAGAUUGAUAAAAAGUCACAGGAUAAGAAGUUAUCUGAAAACUGUGAGCAGGAAAAUCCAGUGGUGAAAUCUCUACAAGAAAAAUUAGCUGCUGCCCAGCUUAAAGCGACUGAAUAUCGCAACCAGGUUCAAGCCGCCAAACAGGAGCUGAAAGUAGCUCAGAAGGUUUUGAUCAGUGAGGUUGGAGAGGAAGUUAACCUUCAGCAAUUACUAAACAGCCCAGGAAGCUUUAGAGGUCGUUCUCAGCAAAUACUGGCUCUUCAGACAAGGGUGCAAGACCUUGAGCAGCAGCUGAAACAGUCAAAUCAGCGACAGCAGUCAAGUGCCCUGAGUGUGGAGGAAGAGUUAAUAGAUUUGGGCAUUCUUCUGAAAACGUCUCCUCAAUACAGGAACCAAAGCUACAUCCGCACAAUUGAGAAGAAGAAGAGGGAGGCAUUUGAAAGGAUCUCAGUGGACUAUGAGGCCCUCCUGAAAGACCAUGAGGAUGUGAAGAAAAGGCUGGAUGCUUCUAAAGCCAGGAACAAAUCUCUGUCUGCUGAAAUGAAAACUCUGAAGGUCCAGAUUUGCACCCUACUGAAGAAGGGAAAACAUGACGAUGAGCUUGUUGAUGCUCUGCUGAAGCAGCACACCCAGAUGCAAGCAAUGGUGAGACGGCUCAGCCAACAGCACAAUGUACCAAGCAAGGAGAUCCAGCAGAGCCCAAGACAACAGCUGAGCAGUGAGCCUUCAGAGCACAAUACUCUCAUCCAGAAACUUAAGCAGAUGGUGGCAGAGAAAGAGGCCAAGAUCAAAGAACUAGAAGAGGAAAUCCAACAGCUCUCCAUCAAGGUGGAAAAAAAAGCAAAUGAAGAGGGUGUGGAAAGACAGUCCAGCCUCGAGACGUCAAGCUGCAGUUCAGGAUUUCCUCCUGAAGAGGGAGAUAUUAACAAGAUAAUAACAUCUUCAGGGGGUCUGAUGUCUUCCAAAUGUCUACAAUAUUCAACUGAUGUGAGAACGCUCAUGACCCAGAAUAAUGACUAUAAAAUCCUCUGCGUGGAGAAGGACAGACUCCUUCAGCUGGUUAAUGCCCUACAGACAAAAGAGAAAGAGCUGAACCAGAGGUGUUUGGAGGCUGAACAUAGAUACCAAGAGGAGCACCGCAGGAGAGUUAUCCUGGAGAUGCAGAUGGAAGAGACAAAAUUAGAUUCAAAAUAAGGACUCUGUAAACACCAAAGGAGCAGUGGUUGUGGGAGUCUAAAAACCUGGGAAAAUGAAAUAACAGUCCAAUAAGUUGGUUGGCAUUUGCUAACUUUCACAACACUGUAAAUGUUAUAAAUUGGCUGUGAAGUCAAACUUUGUUUUUUCAACUCUAAGAUUUACAGUAGAUGCCAGAAAUCAUGAUUCCUGGCAGCAGACACACUGCCUAUGGGUGGCACUGUUUCUAACCCAUAUAUCUGGGCUGCACAGAGAUGUUCAUGUUGCUCUCAUGUGUUGUCUCCUGGCUGGUCAUACAGCUGAAGGUAAAGGUGGCUUUGAGGGCAUUACUAAAGAGUACUCUCCACCAUGGAUCUGCAGCUCUGCAGUGAUGUGAUGAGACAAGACAAGCAUGUUUUACUGCAAGUCCAGUGACAGCCAAGAGAAGACACUGUCCAGGACAACUCACUGGUCCCAGGUCAAUGUCACAUUCAGGCACCAGUCCAACUUCUCCUGUUACAUGUUACAAAUAGUAUCCUUCAGGAAACAGCUUCUCCUCUUUUCUUUUAUGCAAUCUCAUAUGAAUGUCUUUUUCUCCACUUCAGCUUCUGAUGGUUUCUUUAUGUUGUAGGGUGACCAUAGUUUUAAUCAGUUGAGUACCUUGAGUAAUAGACAGUUUAACUUUAAUUUGAUGUCAUCAGACAAGUGUUCCUACUGAUUGCAGAAAUGUUUGAUGAUGACAGCAUGUUUCCCUAUUGUUUAUUGUGUUGUCUGCUUGCAAUUUUAGAGGUGCCACUGUCACAUGGCAUUUUAUUAAAUAAAAAUGUCUUUUUCUCCACUGG